UGGGGCCGGUCAGCUCCGGCCUCCCCUACCCCCAGGAUCCUCCCAACUUAGUCCAAGUCGGAGGAUCCUGGGGGUAGGGAGACCGAGGUCCGGAGGGGGAAUAGAGCGCUCGCGAGGCUCUGGGCCGGGACACCCUCAGCGUCACCGAGCCCGGAGGCCAACCAGAGUUUCCCAGCAACUUUUCUCUCUGGAGCUGUGACAAGUGCCUUCCACCAGUCCGAGCUGUGAGUGGCCGGUGGAGAGAGAGGCCCACCCAGGAAGCCACCCCACCAUGAGUCUGUGGGAGCUUGAAGACGGCCACAGCUGCCAAGGGACCCCCAGGCCGGCCCAGGAGUCCACGGCUGAGGAGGCAAGGACUGCAGAGCUGCAGAUGAAGGUUGACUUCUUCCGGAAGCUGGGCUACUCAUCUGCUGAGAUCCACAGUGUCCUGCAGAAGCUGGGGGUCCAGGCAGACACCAACACUGUGCUGGGCGAGCUGGUGAAACAUGGGUCAGCGGCCGAGCGGGAGCGCCAGGCAUCGCCGGACCCCUGCCCUCAGCUGCCUCUGGUCCCCCGGGGUGGGGGCAACCCCAAGGCCCCCAUCCUGGAGCCCUCUCCCCCCGAGGAGGACAAGGAGGGCAGUGACCUGAGGCCUGUGGUCAUCGAUGGGAGCAACGUGGCUAUGAGCCACGGGAACAAGGAGGUCUUCUCUUGCCGGGGUAUCCUCCUGGCAGUGAACUGGUUUCUGGAGCGGGGCCACACAGACAUCACAGUGUUUGUACCAUCUUGGAGGAAAGAGCAGCCUCGGCCCGAUGUGCCCAUCACAGACCAGCAUAUCCUGCGGGACCUGGAGAAGAAGAAGAUCCUGGUGUUCACGCCGUCGAGGCGCGUGGGCGGCAAGCGCGUGGUCUGCUAUGACGACCGCUUCAUCGUGAAGCUGGCCUUCGAGUCCGACGGCAUCGUGGUCUCUAAUGACACUUACCGGGACCUCCAGGGCGAGCGGCAGGAGUGGAAGCGCUUCAUCGAGGAGCGGCUGCUCAUGUACUCCUUCGUCAACGACAAGUUCAUGCCCCCUGAUGACCCCUUGGGCCGUCACGGGCCGAGCCUGGACAACUUCCUGCGUAAGAAGCCACUCAUGGCCGAGCACAGGAAGCAACCGUGUCCCUAUGGGAGGAAAUGCACCUAUGGGAUAAAGUGCCGAUUCUUCCACCCCGAGCGGCCAAGCCGGCCCCAGCGCUCCGUGGCUGACGAGCUCCGUGCCAACGCCCUCCUCUCGCCCCCCAGGCCGCCAAGCAAGGAGAAAAGUGGCCGGCGGCCUUCACCUUCCUCUCAGCCCGGCUCUCUGCCAACAGAGCAUGAGCAGUGCAGCCCGGAUGGGAAGAAGUUGGGGGCCCAGUCAUCCCCGGGAACCCACGGGGAAGGCCUGACACAGACCUUCACCCCGGCAGGCAGGAGCCUCCCACCUAGUGGGGGCAGUGGCAGCAGCUUUGGGCCCUCAGACUGGUUCCCGCAGACCCUGGACUCUCUCCCGUAUACCUCCCAGGAUUGCCUGGACUCAGGCAUUGGCUCCCUGGAGAGCCAGAUGUCAGAACUCUGGGGGGUUCGAGGAGGCGGCCCUGCUGAGCCGGGCCCACCUCGGGGCCCUUACGCCGGCUACCGCCCCUAUGGGGCCGAGCUCCCCGCCACUCCGGCCUUCUCUGCCUUCAGCCGGACCAUGGGUGCUGGCCACUUCAGCGUCCCUGCUGACUACGCACCCCCGCCGGCUGCCUUUCCACCUCGAGAGUACUGGUCUGAGCCAUACCAGCUGCCCCCACCCACCCCAGUCCCGCAGGAGCCCCGGGUGCCGGGCCCAGGGGCUGACAGGGGCCCCUGGGGCGGGGCAGGCAGCCUGGCCAAGGAGCGAGCCAGCGUGUACACCAAGCUGUGUGGCGUCUUCCCCCCGCACCUGGUGGAGGCCGUGAUGGGGCGCUUCCCGCAGCUCCUGGACCCCCAGCAGCUAGCCGCCGAGAUCCUCUCCUACAAGUCCCAGCACCUCAAAACUGCCUUCCCACAGGACGGCUGUGCAGCAUGUUGUAGGAAAGGCCACCCCGGUGAUCUCCCUGCACAUUAGGGUCCCCCCCGCCCCCCGCCAGUUGCUCUUGGCCCAGAACGCUCUGUAGAAGCCUGCACUUCAGGCGGGAAUCCACGCGCACGAUGUGAUAGUGACUGCCGCAAACGUUACUUCCAAGCCCCCAUGUCGCGCUCUUCCAGGCGCUCUGUGCCUGCCUUGUCCAGCCGCCUCGGGACGCUUUACCUGCACCAGGAAAUGUCGCUGCCUCAUUUAUAAAAUAGUUUUUCCAGUCGAGAACUGUAUUCCAGAUUAAAGGCUAUUUAUGGGCCUUUGUGUUUAUAGACAGGAAGCUAAAAUACCGGACUGUCCAGUUCAUUAUCAGCCGCUGAUGAAGCUGAGUGACUUGCCCGAGGUCCCACGGAGGACAGACUCAGGCAGGGCCUCUGCUUGGGGUCCCCUGGCCCCACAAACCUGAGGAAGGGAGGGACCCAGACACUAGUUCGCAGCGACUCUCGGGCCCCUGAGGGGGAUGGAGGUGGAGGGGGUGCCCUCAGCCCUGCCCCUCACGGCCACGUGGAGUUCCAUCUGCAUGGGGACCCUCCAGCAGGAGGGCUGGCCUGACCACCCCACCGCCCUGCUCACGGCAGGUGCGCCAGCGGUCCCACCCAUGCGGCCCCUCUCUGCACAACCACGGGGCGGGGAGGGUCAUGAAGGCCGUGAGGCCCCAAGGGAGGCCCGGGAGGGAAGGAGAAGUAGGGUGCCUUCACCCCUCUGCCCAUCCCACCAGCCUGCUCUCCAUGAACGUGAAGGUUCACACUUGGUUCCGGACCAGAGCUGAACUCUUGGUCAUUCACUGCUUCUGCUUUGUGGGGAGGGAAGGAAGAGGCAGAUUCCACAGGCAGGUGGGCAGUGGAGAGGUGGCAGUGGGCAGCAGGUCCGGGCUUGCUGUGGUACCGCCUGGCCUUGCCGGCUCGCCGGCAGGCACGGACAAGGGCAGCAGAGCCCACACGGCAGGUGCGAGCUGGGGCCGGGCUCGUGGAGGACUGAGUCAGUUCGGCGCCCUGUCAUCUUUGCUUUUCCCAGCAGCUUCGGCCUGGCUGGGCUGGCCGUCCAGGGUUCGGAGCCUCCCCUCCAGGCCUCUUUCUCAAUCUGGCUUCCGGGCAGAGCUGCUCAGAGGCUGCCAGGCCCAAUGCCCAGCGUGUUUCUUUCCCAUGACUUGGGUUUUAAUCCUCACCACCUCCUGCCCCACCCGCUGAAGCGUCUUUAUUCACGAGGCCUCAGCGUCCCCACCUGUGACAGGGACAUGAUGGUCCCUGCUUCUCCCUAGAUUUGACAAGAGGACACCUCAGUGUGGCUGGUGGCAGCACAGGAGGAAGCAGCCCUGGGUUCGGGUCCCCCUCACUGGCUGUGUGGCCCUCUCAGGGCCUGGGUUUCCUGGCCUACCUCACAACACGGUUGGAAAGUGUGAGAGAAAGACAAGUAUCACGU